GGAUGUAAACAGAGCAAAUUAAUUGUGUUCCACAGCAAAGGCAAAAGAGCUGGAUAAGAAUCUUGUUUCAUUGCUAGAGAUCAGAACUCUAGAAAUCACUAUAAAGGCUCACAAGGCAGAAUCAAGCUCUAGAAUCUCUAAGAUAUAUCUUAUUUUUUCUAACGGGAAAAACAGCCCAGGGUUAAUCCCCAACAAAAACCAUCUGAAGCUAAAAUGACAAAGCUUUAAUUACAAUCCCCUAAAUAUCAAAGAGAGUGCUUAAAAAUUUAACUUCAAUAACAGUCAUGAACUGCUUCAACACACUUAACUAGUGGUUUUACAAACUAUAAUGAAAGCUGCUACUCUUUAAAAAUGAACGUAUCAAAGAGGAAGUAACCUCCUUGGCGUGCUUACAGCUAUACAACACAUUUGUUUCCUUGCUUUCAAGCACCAGUGCUGGAGGCUCAGAGUAAGUCAAUGGGAGGAGGACUCAGUCACAGCCGCAAGAGGUCUACAGAACAGAUAGGAUGACAUGUUCGGGGAAAGUAACACGCUAGUAAGAGGUAAGUAUUUAACAAAUAUAGAGUUAGCCUAUAGUUUUUUGUUUUCCCCAAGAACUCUGUUAUCGUAACCUUUCAUUUCUAUUCAGUAGUAUUAAAAACCAAAACGAAAAAUUUAUUAAUACCAAAGGGGAAACUUUAAAUAUGAGAUUUGUAAAUGUUAUGAAUAAAUGGUCUAAUCUUCCUUUUAGCUUCUCUUCCUUCUCAGCGGAACUUGGAAAGUUAAGUUACUAUUUAAAAUAAACAACAGAAAAAAGGAAUGGAUCAAACUUGGCAUAAAGUGAUAAAUCUAAGUGCCUGGUGCAGAAACAUGCUUUAAAAGAUGAAAUCACUAAAACAAUGAUUUGGAUCCUAAUAGUAUAUCUACUUAUAUCAUCUAUAUCUGUAUUAACAUAGACUUGAUCAGAUAAAACCCAACUACAAAUAAGUACUCCUAUCUGGUAAAUCUUUUUUUUUUUAUUUUAAGAACUUCGAUGGGCUUGGAGGGUUUCUAGGAGGAUGGCCAGUGUGUACAGUAAGUUCUAUUCGGAUUGCCAUAAAAAAGGAAUUAUUUAGUGCUUUGACUUUUCUAUUCUCCUGUGCAUUUUCUAAACUAAAGUUAAAAAAAAAUAAUAAAUUCAAGGGUCAAGAAACUCCUACAUUUUUAUUGUAAUCACUGAAAAACAUUAAUGUAUGUCCUGUUUCAUUAACUGAGGCAUAUUAGGAACAUAGUAUUUUUGUGGGAAUUGGCAGCAUUGUCACAAAUGCACAAAAGACCUUUUCAGAGGGGAAGGGUAAAUCUAAGUGCUUUUACUGCUUUCUGAAAUUAAAGAUAUGAAUUAAUAUAAUCCACAUAUUUUAUAUCUAGGGGAAAAUCUCUGGCAUUCAAGUUCAAGCACGACUCUACUGCUACAGCAAAAAAAAAAAAGAAGAAGAAAUUAAUAAACUGCCUGUUUUUCACAGCCAUCGGUUUCUUUCACUUAGCCUUCAGAAAUCCGAGUAUCUACCUCCUACAGACAUGGAUAGAUGCAUGUAUGCUCUCAUUUUUGAGGGCCUGAAGUUUUUUUCUAAGGAAGGAGUCAACUUUGGCUUUCAGUGUUUGGCAUGGGUACAAUGCCUGAAAAAAGCAGAUAACUAGUCUAGCUACUGACCAUGCUGGCCAUUGUUCGGAGUCAGAUCAAAUCACAGAAAAACAGCGAAUGGCUCUCUCUUUUAGAAUGUCCGAACAAAGCACAAUCCCUGAGCACAUUCUGCAGAGCACAUUUGAUCACUUAAUCUCUUCUAACCAGUCUGGAUUACAGAGAGAAUCAAUGCCAGGGGAAAUGAAACAGACCGGUGAGGAACAGGGAACUAAACCGCGCUGGGCCGCCCUUCUGAUCCUCGCGGUGAUAAUACCCACAAUUGGUGGAAACAUUCUUGUUAUUCUGGCUGUUUCACUGGAGAAAAAGCUGCAGUACGCUACCAAUUAUUUUCUAAUGUCCCUGGCGGUGGCUGAUUUGCUGGUUGGAUUGCUUGUGAUGCCGAUUGCUCUCUUGACAAUAAUGUUUGAGCCAACGUGGCCUCUCCCACUCAUUCUAUGCCCUGCUUGGUUAUUUCUCGAUGUUCUCUUUUCUACCGCAUCUAUCAUGCAUCUCUGUGCCAUCUCAGUGGAUCGUUACAUAGCCAUCAAAAAGCCAAUCCAGGCCAAUCAAUAUAACUCACGAGCUACAGCAUUCAUCAAGAUCACAGUGGUGUGGUUGAUUUCAACAGGCAUUGCCAUUCCAAUCCCCAUUAAAGGUAUAGAGGCUGAUGUGGGUAACCUAAACAUCACUUGUGCGCUGACAAAGGACCGCUUCGGCAACUUCAUGCUCUUUGGCUCACUGGCUGCCUUCUUCAUGCCUCUUGCGGUCAUGAUUGUCACCUACUUUCUCACCAUCCAUGCUUUACAGAAGAAAGUUUACUUGGUCAAAAACAAGCCACCUCAACGCCUAACAUGGUUGACCGUGUCCACAGUUUUCCAAAGAGAUGAAACACCUUGCUCAUCGCCUGAAAAGGUGGCAAUGCUGGAUGGUUCUCGCAAGGACAAAACUAUGCCCAACUCAAGUGAUGACGUACGAAGGAUGUCCACAGUUGGAAAAAAGUCAGUGCAUACUACUUCCAAUGAACAGAGAGCCUCAAAGGUUCUAGGGAUUGUUUUUUCCCUCUUUUUGCUUAUGUGGAGCCCCUUUUUUAUUACAAAUGUAACUUUAGUUUUAUGUGAUUCUUGCAACCAGUCUAUUCUCAAUAAGCUCCUGGAGAUAUUUGUGUGGAUAGGCUACGUUUCCUCAGGGGUAAAUCCUUUGGUCUAUACCCUCUUCAACAAGACAUUUCGAGAUGCCUUUGGACGAUACAUCACUUGCAAUUACCAGGCUACAAAGUCAUUAAAAGCUCUUAGAAAAUGCUCCAGCAAGAUCUACUUCCAGAAUCCAAUGACAGAGAACUCUAAAUUUUUCACAAAACACGGAAUGAGAAAUGGGAUUAAUCCUGUCAUGUACCAGAGCCCAGUGAGGCUCCGAAGUUCAGCCAUUCAGUCUUCAUCAGUCAUUCUACUAGAUACACUUUUUCUCACCGAAAAUGAAGGUGACAAAACAGAAGAGCAAGUCAGUUAUGUUUAGCAGAACUGGCACCGUUUGCAUCUAAAUAAUACAAUGAUCAGUAAGAAGACGAACCGUAUGUAAACGUAUCAAAAGUUACAUAAAAGAAUCUUGUGUCACGUAUCAAAUCAUCUCUCUAAACUAGUUAAGUAUUAAGAUUAUCCAAUUUUCCUUAUUUGGGCAAAAUUACAUGAAAAAAUCAUUUUAUAUAGCUGCAAAUGAAAACAAUCUAACACUCUGGUUAAACAUUAAGGUAUUCAAAUAAAACAAAAUACAUCAAUAAAUGUCAGCUUUAAAAAAAAGAGUCAUCAUAAGAAUUUAUUAAUUUCCUAACUGAACACGAGGCUGUGCUAAGAAUGAAAUAAACAAGUAGCCUGCUCUUCGAGGCCUUAAAAACCUAAGACAUGGUACAGAACAACACUGAU